AUGGGUUACAAUGAUGACAGGAGUAGCAUAUCUCCAGUAGAGGAGGAAGGAGAUCCCGAAAAAAAUAUAUCUUUGACCAACGAAAAGAUAUCGGAAACAUCAUAUGAUGACGAUGUUAAAUAUCUCGGUCAAGGUUCAUCAAUCACAGCUAGUGCUACAGAAGUAGACGAAAUUAAAAUCAAUUUUGUAGAUCGUUGGGCUCAUAAGCUAAAUGCUGAAACAAAAGGUAUUGACUUAGUCACAGAUGAAGAGAAAACUGAGUUUUCUAUAUGGAAUUCGGCUUCAAUGUGGUUGAGUGCCAAUUUAGUAGUUGCUACUUUUGCUUUAGGUGCGCUAGGUAUAACCGUUUUCAAAUUAGCAUUUGGUCAAGUCGUUUUGAUCAUUAUAUUUUUUGCAGCAUUGGGUGCCUUUACCGUGGCUUAUUUUUCAUGUUUUGGACCUCCUUUAGGUCUAAGACAAAUGAUAUUAUCCAGAUUUCUUAUUGGUGAUAUCACAGUGAGAAUUUUCAGUUUUAUCAAUGUUAUUGCUUGUGUAGGAUGGGGUGCGGUCAAUAUCAUGUCCAGUGCUCAAUUGCUACAUAUUGUUAAUAAUGGGGCCUUGCCUCCUUGGGCAGGAUGUUUAAUCUUGGUUGUAUGUACAAUUUUGAUUACAUUCUUUGGAUAUCAUGUUAUUCAUCUUUAUGAGAAAUGGGCCUGGGUUCCUAAUUUUAUUAUAUUCAUAAUUAUAAUUGUUAGAUUUGCCAUGACUCACUCUUUCCACAGUGCCGGAUUUGUCGGUGGGCAAACUACGGCUGGGAAUGUUUUAAGUUUUGGCGGCACAAUCUUUGGAUUUGCUACGGGAUGGACAACAUAUGCUUCGGACUUUACCGUUUACCAACCACGAAAUCGUAGUUUGCCCAAGAUAUUCUUUGCCAUAUUUGUUGGGUUAUAUGUACCUUUAGUUUCCGUUUUAAUCUUGGGUGCUGCCUGUGCUACGGGAAUUGCAAAAAAACCGGAAUGGGCCGAAUUGUAUGAAACAAAGUCAGUUGGUGGAUUAAUCUAUGGUAUUUUGGUUACUGAUUCGUUACAUGGCUUUGGUCAGUUUUGCUGUGUUGUUUUGGCAUUAUCUACAGUUGCAAACAAUGUUCCCAACAUGUACUCAAUGGCUCUAAGUGCUCAAACUUUGUGGACCCCCUUAUCCAAAAUUCCUCGUGUUGCAUGGACCAUUCUUGGAAAUUGCGCUACUUUGGCUAUAUGUAUCCCAGCAUAUUACGAUUUUGCUUCCGUUAUGGACAAUUUCAUGAAUUUGGUUUCGUAUUACUUGGCUAUUUAUGAGUCUCUUAUGUUAAGUUCCCAUUUGAUAUGGCACAGAGGUGAUUUUCGAGCUUACGAUUAUACGCAGUAUGCGAAUAAGCAAGCGUAUCCCUUGGGAUUAGCUGGUACUUUUGGAUUCUGCUGUGGAGUUGCUGGUGUUGUUAUUGGUAUGAACCAGACUUGGUAUUCGGGUGUAAUAGCUAGACAAAUUGGCGAGUAUGGUGGAGACAUUGCUUUUGAGCUAGGCUUUGCUUUUGCAUUUAUUGGUUUUAAUACAACAAGAUACUUUGAGAAAAAGUAUUUACGAUAG